AUGCGUGUUCCGAAGGAUGUUGAUGGUGCCCAAGAUAUGUACGAGUAUGUCCCCAAGGACUUAUAUGCUUCCUUGCGCAACCCUGCACUCGCUCUUCCACGCAGGGUCUUGAGCUUUUUGACUAUUGCGGUCCCCUUCAGCAUCUUCUGGUUACUGCUGUCCUAUGACCGCUUGCCAUCUUUUCUUUCAAAGGGAAAUGCAAGGACCACCACCACCACCCACUGGCACGGUUGGGCCAACGUGGAGAAUAUCAUCGUCUUCGGAGACUCCUACACCAGUACCGACUUCAAACCCCAAAAAGAACAACCCUCCCCCACCAACCCCUUCGGCAACCCCGCCCUACCAAAGUCCUCAUCCAUCGACCAGAAAUGGAUCCAUUAUCUCACAAUGACCUACAACAGCAGUGCCAUCCGGACCUACAACAUGGCCAACUACGGCGCCACGAUGGACGGCUUCGUCCGUUUCUACCAUGAGCACUUCAUGCCGCAUUACGGCAUCGCCAACCACACGGGCGCUGCGGGGUGGAACGCGACGAAUAGUCUGUUCGCUACCUUUUUCGGCAUCAACGAUGUGAGAAGGUGCACGGAUCAGCCCCUCUCGAAGGACGAUUGCGGAGAAAUCUAUGCGAGUCUCUUCGCCAUCUAUGGCUUCCUGCUCGAGCAGGUGAACAGCCCUCAUCCACGACCUCCAAUCUCAGAAUGGGAAUCAAAGCUGACCCUUCCGCAACAGCUCUACACCGCCGGCGCCCGCAACUUCCUCCUCCUCAACAUCCCCCCGCUCGACCGCAUGCCCUUCUCCCGCAAAUGGGGCCACCCCGUGCCCCCGCGCGCCGUCGCCGCCUGGAACGCCGGCCUCGCCUCCCUCGCGUCCGACCUCUCCCUCCGCCACGCCGACGCCACCGUCUUCCUCUUCGACACCCACGCCCUCUUCGACGAGGUCAUCGACGACCCGAAAUCCUAUCCCCAAACGAGUGGGUAUAAAAACACGACGGAUAAUUGCGAGGAGUAUAAGUCGGCGGGUGACAAGAAUGAUUUCGAUGACGUCUGUGGGAUUCAGUUGGAAAGGUAUCUCUGGCAUGAUGCGCUGCAUCCGACCACGGCGGUCCACGAGGCGAUGGCGGCGCAGAUUGCGCAGAUGUUGGAGGCAGGGCUGACGGGGAGGGGUGGGAAGGGUGGUUGA